AUGGCUCAUAGCCAUCUUGAGUAUUCAUCAUCAAGAACAAGAGCUAAUCGCCGUGAUUUGUUGGGCCAUCUGGAUGAACCAGUUGUUCCUAUUCAAGGUAUUGUUGAUCCACUCAUCGCCGAAACUUUGGGGGUUCGUGAGGCCCUUUCUUGGAUUAAAUCUAAAUUCAUCGGGGUCCAAACCAUUGAAAUGGAUGCUCUCUUGGUUUAUAGUGCUCUACUGAAUGAUGGAGUUGACAACUCUUAUCUUGUAAAUGAGCUAACCGGUGUAGAUUCCUUCGGCGGCGAUGAAAAGUUCCUUCUGGUAGCCAUUUCGAUAGUUGAAGUCGAGGAAUGGAAUCUGGCCAGACGCUUCUGGUGGUGGAUGUUUAACCAACUAUUGAUUUUAAGUUUUAAUUCAAAUCCGAGUGUAGGUUAUUUUUCAAGUCCUAAAACUGGGAAACUAUUUGCUAACAAGGAACAUAUCGGAUUCAGCAAUGUUAAUGACUACCCUCCAAGUGACACUGCUAUUUUGUCGGAGAAUAAUCUCAAGGAUGAAGAAAAGAUUGAGCGUCUGGAGAUUAUUGGUGUUGGUGACCCUUGUGGACAGGGUCUAGGUUUUAGUUAUGUUCGUGUAACUCCUAAGGCCUCAAUUUCAAAUGCAACGGUGAAGAAGAAAACAGUUGUUGGCAAAGGAUCAACAGUAACUAGAACAGAUGUUGAUCUGUGUAGAUUGAGCACGGAAGCUGCAAAAGAGUUAUCAUCAUUUCAGUUCAAUGAAGAAGCUUGCUCUCCAUUUGUCAAGAAGAGGCAAGCUGUAGUUCCUGCUUCUGGCUUUUCAUUUACUGCGCAACAAAUUUGGAAGAUCAUCAAGGAGAACAAGGAUCUUGACCUGCCUGCUCACAAAGUCAUGGUUACCACUGUACAUUGUGAAGAGAUUGCAAAUGAAUUUUUUUUUUCUUUUAUUGCAAACGAGUGCCAAGCUUUGGGAGGAAGCUCAGCUCAAUCCUUGAUGUUUGUCUAA